UCCAUUCUCUCUCCCUUCCCCCUUCUCUGUCUAGAAAAGGAACUCCAUAGGAUUUUGGACUACUCGCUCUGCGCGAAGGCCGAAGAGAGGGGAUUGGCCAUGGCGACGGAGGCGAGCAGCGCCGCCGCCGGCACCGCCUACGAGGAGGAGCGCAGGAAGCGGAUCCUCGAGAACCUCAAGCACCUCGAGGAUUUGGGCAUAGCCAAGAUGUCGAAGAGCUUGAUACAGGCCGCGAGAGCGCAGAACAAGAGCACUCGUGCCAGCCCGAAGUCGAGGAAGAAGUUCGAGGCCACAACCGAAGUGAGGCGUUCCUCGAGGACCAGGACCUCUGUUUCGUACAAGGAUGAUUUUCCUGAAGUAGACCAUUUUGUGCGUCGCAGAAGGGCUAGUAGAAGUGCGGAGAAUGGAAGGGGAUACACUGGAAGAAUUUCUUCCUAUCAACAACAACAGCGUGCUUUCAAAAGAGCUGAGAAACUUCAAGAUAGUCUAGACCCUGACAACCCAUCAUUUGUUAAGACCAUGGUUCGAUCACAUGUAUCCAGCUGCUUUUGGCUUGGUCUCCCUACUAGGUUCUGCAAAGAUCAUCUGCCUCCCAGAGAAUUUAAGAUGGUUUUGGAAGAUGAAGAGGGUGUUGAAUUUGAUACUGUAUACAUUGGAAAUCGAACAGGUCUGAGUGGUGGAUGGAGAGGGUUCUCGAUGCACCACAACUUGGAAGAUGGGGACUCAUUGGUCUUUGAAUUGGUUGAGCCUGACAGAUUUAAGAUCUAUAUAAUUAAAGCUAUUGACGAGGAUGCAAAUGAGGCCAAGAGCAGCAGAGAUUCAACUGAGGAAGAGCCUGAUCAGAAGGAUUCGCCUGUUUCUGAAGCCCCUUCCAGCCCUGAACCUCUCAAAGGUGCUAAAAGAAGAAAACUCAGGCGGCGGUAGUUUGCGUAUUAGUUGACCAGACUCCGGACAAGUAUGCUGCUAUUGCUGCCGUACUAGCGAUGCGCUUUCCUGCCAGGCCAUCUGUUUUGCAUUUUUUGUUGGCCUGAUCCUUUUGAAAAUUAUGGGUGUUCAGUGAUCACCCUUGCAUUGCGGCAAACUGGUAAUUUGUCAAUUAUCAGGAUAGGUAGUCCAAAACUAUAUGUAAAGAAAUGCACUGGCAAGUGAGCAUGCAGAACCCCUAUAUGUGAUGCUAAUCUGGUGUCUCCAGCACUGCAAUGUUGGUUUCUCAGUCCUGUUUACAUGAUGGCAAUGCUGA